AUGGGCCAUGUUGAUGAUUUCAUUGCGCAACCUCUCGAUGUACACAAAAUAGUAUGUGUACAUCUAAUGUCAAUUAUCUGUUUACUGAUGCCGGCAACCACAGUACCCUCAGCUUCAGUAUCAAUUGCUGCAGAGUAUCUAUUUCGAUCUUUAAGACAGCGACACUGGGAAUACCAUAGCAUGUCAGCAUUAUCUGUAAUUGCAGUAUGCAUUCUAAUCGUUGCUGUUCUCUUCACAAUAACAUGUGUAGUUUUCUACAGUAUGUGCCCUGCCCGCCGCAUCAGCAUAUGCUAACUUACCUCAAAGUCAAUAAAGAAGACGUGAGUUCCUUUAUAUUUUACCACAGUCGAGAAUUUCGACUUCGAUAUAUAACACCACGAUCCCACAUUAUUGGAAUGUCACCGAUCACUCAGCCAUCAAGAAGACUGGAGAAAAUAGACACUCAUCACCAUAUGAUUCCACCCGUCUACCUCGAGCGUAUGCAUAUACCCGCUCAUAAUUCAUCAGUUCUUCUCCUCAUUCUAACUGCCUGAUUUCCUCAUGCGAUUCUGACAAGUUUGCCAGGUAUAAAACAGGAACCGAAAGGACCGGAUGGCGUACUAUUUCCGACAUGGUCCCCACAGAUCUCUCUAGAUUUCAUGGCCCGGAACUCUAUUUCUACCUCUAUCCUCUCAUUUGCUCAUACCGCUCUCGAAGAUCCUUUACUUUGCCAAGAAAUCAACAUUUACGCCCACAACCUACGUCUGCAAUAUCCCACAAAAUUCGGAUUCUUCGCCACGAUUCCGGCGAUAACUGUAUCUUCUAUACCGGACGUACUCUCCAGUCUCAAGUUUUGUUACAAGAAACUCAAUCCAGAGGGAGUUACCCUCUUCACCAGCUACGACGGUAAAUACCUCGGACAUGAAUUAUUUCAGCCAAUAUGGGAGGAAUUGAAUAGAGUCAAUGCAGUGGUAUUCAUCCACCCUAUUGCCAACUCACUCACCCCGCCGUCUUUGGUUCAUCCCUUCUUAAUCCCUCCAAUAGCCGACUUCACGCACGAAAUAACUCUCACGGCUUGUUCUCUCAUCUACUCUAAUACUCUAUUCUCCUAUCCCAACCUUAAAAUUAUUCUUUCACAUGCAGGAGGCACUCUUCCUUACAUCAGUAGCCGCGUGGCAAACCUAGCCUAUGACGCUUCUAUCGGUGUGAAGACACCCGAACAAUUCAUGAGAGAAGCUAGAAGCUUUUAUACAGAUCUAGCAGCGAAUAGCUACAGUGGACCUGUGGAAUAUGUAGAAAGUUGGUUGGGACCCGGAAAGACUACUUAUGGAAGUGAUUUUCCAUUUAUUAGAGAGAGAACUACGGUGGGUGAGUUAAGCUUCUUAGAUGGCUGGAUCUAUAAGAAUGGUGAAGAAGGAAAGGCUGUUAUGAGACAAACGGCAUUAGAUCUAUUCCCACGGUUAAAAGCUCAGAUUGAGAAGGCUCAGGAUGCUAAAAAGGGACCCGUUUUGGAAAAUGUCAGUACUAGCAGUAGUGAAAGUGGUAUGAGUGGGGAUCAGAAUGUUUGA